CAGUAGGGAACAGUCUUCUUCAGGACAAGCUCAGCAUGAAUACAGCUAAAUUGAUUGGCAGCAAGCAUUUGUCCGUUCUGCUAAAAGAUGAAAUAUUUACAGACUUCUUCAACACAUUCCUGAAUCUUCCUGUGUUUGGUCAGACACCUCUUUUCAUUUGCAGAACGCGCCAGUGGUAUCUGUGGCCAGAAUUACCAUGCAACCAGGUAUCAAAGCACAAAGGCUUGUUGAAUUGGAUGGAGAAGCAUCGACUGCCUUUCUUCUGCAAAACAAAUCUGUUUCUUCACUAUGUACUCUGUGAGGAGCUUGUCAGUUUCAUCCGUUCUCCAGAGGCAGCGGAGAUGUUGCGAUGGAGAAAGGCUGAUCAGUGGCUGCUUGAGAAAUGCAUUGCUGGCAGUAGAGGCAUGUGGCGUUUUCGGUCCUUCAUGCAAGGAAUGGCAGGAGAAGAGCUCACCAAGUUCUGGCUUGCUGCAGAAAGGAUACUUGGGAUUGAUGAAACAGAUGAAUCCCAGCAAGAUCUCUAUGUGUCACUGAUCCAGAUCCUAAUGGCCACCCACUUGCAGGAAGGGUCUACAGUUGUCACCCUCUGUAACACAACUGUUGAAUCACUUCUGAAAAAGACUCCCUUUCACCGGCAACACGUCCAAACUCGAAGGGAAAUCCUACACGAGAUGCAGAAAGUGGCCCUGUUCAAGAUUGAAAGCUACUGGCUCCCCAACUUCUUCAUUCAUUGCAAAUUAAGCAUGGAGGAUGAGCCCAAAUGUCUCCAUUUACUCAAGAAGUAUCAGGACCGCUCGCUUCACAUGGGCAUGCAGAGGCAGAAGGCAUUAGCUCUGCCUCCGAUGAGCAUCCGAGAAAGCAGUCUGGACACAAAGUCCUACUACAGUUUGAAAAACAAAAGGGAACUCUGGGAUCAGAUCAGAGGUAGGAGCCUUUCUCACAAAGCAAAAAAAAAAGAUGGCCACAGCCAGAAGCCCAAAUCAUAUAAAGGUAGUCCGAUUCCCAAGAAGCUGACCUUCUCCAGAAAGAGCUUCUCAAGUCCCAGCCCUCGUCACAAAGAACUCAUCUGGGACUCUGAAGAUGUGACACCUUUUGAUGAAUCGCCGAACUUCAAAUGCAGCCCAAACGAGUUCCUCACCUCCCCUGUAUCAGAUGAGUUCCCUGACAAGUGCACCUACAACAAAUUGCGCUCCUCCACUCCUGUAGUGCAGUUCCCUUCCAUGCUUGCUCUGAAAACUCUCAUCAAGUCUCCCCCAUGCUUAGACUUCCUUCCUUGGGUACUCACGGCUGACAAAUGUGCCGGACGCCCCUUCAGGGAGUUUUUGCUGCGGAGGAACUACGCAGUAGAAGUUCAUCUCCUUGAUCUGUGGCAUGACCUGGAGGACUUCUUGCGCAUGAUGUUGUGCUCCCUUGGUGAAGGGAACAUCCUUCUGCGCCACGUGAUGGGGGAAAGAAUUUGUGAGCUGUAUCUGACGCAGAGCAACAAUUGGCAUCUGCCCCUGAAACUAACAACACUCCAGAGUUUGCAGAAUCUCCUGCCUUCUGGUCAUGUGAUUCCCUGGGUCCUGAAGGCACAGAAGGAAGUCUGUAAGAUACUCAGCUUCCUCUAUGAGGAGUUUCUUCAGAAUGAUGACAAAAUGUUCCUGUAUUAUGUGAGUGGCAAGGAAAAGAAACCAAAUGCAGAAGAGCCGUAUGACAGAACUGAGAACCUGCGGCUGAUCAGAAGGAUCGUUGAAUCCUUGCAUCUGAGCCAGGCCUUAGCUGGCAUGAGAGACAUUGACCUGCUGACACGAGACCACUGGCAGCUCUUGGGCAUUCAGGACCUGACCACAGGAGGCUCUAUUUUCAUGGAAUUGGAGCCUGUUGUGCCACAGAUGGAUUAUGGCAGUAUGACAUUUGAGGAGCUGGCUCGGCUGAAUCCCAAGAUGGCUGUGGAACUUCUUAGCAAGAACUUCCGGGAGUUCUGCAAGAGAUGUCCAUCAGGCAAAGUGUUUGUUCGGCCAGUGGUUCCCAAAAGGAGUCUCCAGUGGGCCAGAUCAAGUUUCUCCUUCCUGAGGAAGGCUACAGUUAGGAAACCCAUUUCAAAGCCCAGAACUCUCUCUGAAGUGAUGCAGAACUCGCUCCAUUUUGAGUACUUCAGGAACUUCCUCAGGCUACACAAUGCAGAAGCCCCACUCCUUUUCUGCCUGACUGUAGAAGAUAUAAAAAAAGAGCUAGAUCCAAGGAUUCAGCAAAUGCAGAUCAACGAGUGUGUCCGGACUUACUUCUUCAGCCCUAUUCCACCUGAAAAACUGCUGCAUUGCGAUGAAUAUGUCAUCCGUGAGAUUCCAAAGUUACCAUCAGUUCAUCUUCCCAUAUUGGUCACUGCUCAAAUGUUAGUCCUGAGGAUCUUGGAAGAGAAGUGGUUUAAUAUGUACCAAGGCCUAUAUCCUGAUAGUGAUAUUGCCAUUGUUCCAACUGGUUGGAAGUCAAAGAAGGAUUCUCCAUUCACAAGCAAGCAGAAAAGAUGCUGGUGUAUUCUUACUGCCUUCAUCAGGAGGGUCUGUAAGUUCCGAAAGGCAAUGAGUUAUGUGGGACAGCGCAAACGCUUUGAGAACUUUCUCCUCAAGGAGGUGAAGAACGACAAGGAAAAUAUACAGAGUCCAACUCAAACAAAGCCUGCAAUUCAGAGUGGAUUUAGUGGGCGUUCUGGCCCAAGUUCUGGACCAUCAGAAGAACCUGAAUUGCAACAGGUGAAGCGCAGGCUACCUGGUGGCCGCAUCAUCUCAGUCAACUUCUUGGUGAAUGAUCUCUAUUUUUAUCUAGAAAUGGAGAGGUUUCUUCAUCUAUCUGACACUGUGGUCAUGCUGGCUUCUCUUGGGUUCUAUACAGAGAGGGAUAUUGCCUUCUUAAAGAGCAAAGUGACCACGAUCUCCAAACUAUUUCUGAACUCAGAUAUCCCACCUAAACUUAGGGUCAAUCUCACAGAUGCACAGUGUAUUCAAAUUCGGACUUUAAUUUCUGAAGGUGUGAUGAACAGGACUCUUUAUCAUGGUGCUAUAAUAGCCAUCUUCCCACAUUUAUUAUACUUCUGGAAGAAAUAUUGUUAUUGGAAAGUGAUGAAAUAUUUCAGAAAACGUAAAGGAGAAAAAACAGAUGAGUCUCCUUUUGUUCUACCAUUCUCACCUACAAAGACACCUAGGAGGUCCAGUGGUUUCAGUGGAGAAGAUCAUCCAAUCAUCAGGUUUACUUUGCUCAAGGGAAUACAGCUACUGCUGCCUCAACCAAGGGAGGCAACAGACGAAUUACCAGGAGAAAAAUCAUCAACAGGAAGUGAAACCCAUGUGAAAUCGUCAUCUGGUGCCUCUAUGCAGAAAAGGAUAUCAAUUUUUGAAGAUGGAAAAAAAGUCUUUUAACAGCUUAAUACCUCCCCUUCUGGAGGCAGGAUGUCACCAUUUUCUCAAUGGGGGAUAAAUUUCUGCUGCAACAUGGGGAAACUGAGGUCCUUGUCUAUCACCACAGCAAGUAACAGUGCUUUGACAAGCCUGAAAAGAUCUUUGGGAGCUAAGUGAUAAAAGUAUAUUUUCCCUCCUGGGAUGUAUUUUUUUCUAUUAAUUCUCAGAACGCAGAAGCAACGAAGGGCAAAAAAAGGAUAAAAGGAAAAGAAAGAAUUGAGGAUAUGUCUUGUGUGCAUACAGGGAUAAGAAUCACUGCAAAAUUUAGAGAGCCACUUUAUAAUUAAAGUAGGUUUGUCCACCCCCUUGGUAUAUUUUAAGAUUGCGUGGGCAGAUUUCUAUUUUAUUAUAAUGACAAGUUAUCAUUUCAGGUUUUAUUUGGAAAAAAAUCAUAGUUUCAGUUCAGAAGAUGAAACAGGGACUUGUAAGAGGUAAUACCGGUAGCUUUCCGGAAUAAGCAGUUAUCUUAAUCAUGAAAUACUGGUCUCUUAUUAAACCUCCCCUGUCAGAUCUUUCUGUAUCAGGAAGCUUAAUACACAAAUCUGUCUUUCUUUCUUCAAUCAACCCAUCAGAUGUCACAGAAUCAACAGCUACUGUAUCAGUCUGUUUUUUCCAGAUUAAAAAAAAUCUACUCUGAAUCUAAAGAUUUGGCAGCAUCUUCAGCAGUGGGACAAUACUCCCUUAAAGAAUCCAAAUUUCCAUCUGUCAACAGAUAUUGGUGGGAACAUUAGGGCACAGCAUCCACAGCAAACCACUGUGACACCAAAAUAAUGGCAUGCAUGUAUUGCUGCUAUAUUACGCAAGCUGCCCUUAUCUGUUUGCAUCCUGAUGUCUGUCUCAAUCACACAAGUCCCACACAAGGUUGAUGCAGCCAUACACAUUUUGUCAUUUGUUUUGUUGAUGAUGAUUUAUUAACCCAUGACUCCAGGAAAGGGGAAGGAGGGAGGAAUAAUGUCCUGGUCUUAUUGAAAAAAAUCAUCUAAAUCAUAAGAGACUUAGAAACCUCACCUUUACCUCUGUCCCAGAAUUAUGGGACUCCAUGAUUUCUUUCCAUGGAGCAUCUCCUUCACACAAUAAUAUAUGCAUAAAUAUUGAGUUCUUAGUGCUAUCUGAGCUUGGUGUUUUUCUGCAGACUCUUCCAUGCAUCAAUGAUGUUUGUUCGCCUAGUAAAGAAAUCUCUGCAAGAAAUCAACCAAGCUCAGAGAACACCAAGAACCCAACCAUUCAAUCCUGAGUAACAUACAUUUUCUACAAUUGGAUACAUAUCUAUUUCUGGAUGAAUUAAUCCAUUGGAUCAUUUUGAAAAGCCACAGAUACAUACCAUUUGCAUACCAAAAGAGGGCCAGCAUACAUUCAUGAUAUUAUUAUAGCUACCCACUAAAAAGCAGAAUUACAACACAGGAUCACAGGAAACCCCAAAGUCAUUGGUACUCUCUUUUGCAAUCAUUACUCCCAAGUACCCUCUACCACCCCCCCCCCCAAAAUGCAGAGCUUUACCCUUAAGAGCUUUUACAGUGACUUAAAAACCUGGGACUGUUUUGAAUUGUAUGCUGUGUCACAAGCCAUACCUCCAGUAGCUGGUAAUCCACUAUUUUUCAACAUUGGCAACUUGAAAAUAUGUGGACUUCAACUCCUAGAAUUCCCCAGCCAGCAUCUGCACCAGUAGUGGGAUUCAAAUCCCGGCACUACCAGUUCACUAUCGGUAGUGCACAGCGCUUCUGCACAUGCACAGAAGCCUCUGCGCAUGCGCAGAGCAUUUUUGAUGACGUCUGGGUGGGUGGGCAGAGCCUCCCACCGCCGCCACUACCAGUUCGCCUGAACCGGGGUGAACUGGGAGCAACCCACCACUGAUCUGCACAUCUUCAGGUUACCAAAAUGGAAAAACACUAUCUCUCCACGUUUCCUGAGCCCAAACUCUGGAACCCCACCUGGCUGUUUUUCUGUAUUCUAGAAGGAAAGUGAACUCAGCUAUAUUAGAAAGAAGCUACUGUAUGUUUCUUUUGAUAUCAUGGAUAUAUGUCCUGGAGGUAUGUAUUGCAUUGUUACACAUUUAUAUCAAGAAAUUUGAAACAGCAAGGAAUAUUUUUCAUUUGUGAAGGGAUUUUAUGUGAAGCAACUACAGAGCAUAAUGAAAUGUGCUUGUUUUCUUUUUCUGCAGCUGCAUUUACAAAACAUUGCUUGGCGUCCAUUCGUAGGUCAAAGAUCUUCACAUCAAGCAAGGAGGGCUUGCAAUCCACACUUUCUCUUAACAUAGAUAUUAAACAAUUCUUUUUUUGUAUUUCUCUUUUA